UCAAGAUACAGAAGAGAAACUCAAAUAUCUUCACAUCCCAGUGGCAUUUUGACGCAGCCGGGCCCCAAGAACUGACACUACUCUCUCUACAACAAUAUAACAAGACUUGAGAGACGAUUUUUCCCCCUAUAGCGCUAUAUCACAAUGACAGUCUGAUGUAUUGGAAUGUGUAAGACAAUAGCAAGAAGAGAGGAAAUACCGGAGAGCUGCUGCCUGUUGACAGAGGUAGCAUAAACGUCUUUGUCUUUGUUUUUAAAACAUAACCAAGCGACAACAAUGAAACCUCAAGAUAUUAUAAAGGAAAAGAACAGCCUGUGGAUAUUUGGAUAUGGCUCCUUAGUGUGGAACCCUGGUUUUGCUUACAAAAGGAGCAAAAUCGGCUUUAUUAAAGGGUACAAAAGACGCUUCUGGCAUGGAGAUGAUUUUUAUCGAGGAGACAAGGAAAAGCUUGCCAGAGUGGUCACACUAGUGGAGGAUCAGGAGGCUUGUACAUGGGGAGUGGCCUAUGAAGUCACUGACUCCCAGAUCGAAGAAUCCCUUCAGCACCUGAACAUGAGAGAGGUCGUGUUGGGGGGUUACAUAACAAAGACGGUGGAGUUCAUCCCUAAGGAAAAAGGCCAGGGGCCGCUGUUGGCCCUCGUCUACAUCGCCACCUCCAGCAACCCCAUCUACCUGGGCCCGGCCUCGGAAAAAGACAUCGCUGCCCAGAUCGCCUCCUGCAGCGGCAACAAGGGCCACAACAUUGAAUACCUGGUCCGCCUUGUGGAGUUCAUGAGGCUUUACUGUCCCGAGGUGGAGGACGAGCACCUGUUCUCCAUCGAAGCUGCACUUUUAAACAUUUACAGUGACUGUGGAGGGAUCAAACCCGCUGACCAGAAAGCCAUACUGGUGGGAGCUACAUAAAAGACUCCACAAGAAGAUACUCCACAUCUUAAAGAUGUUCACGCUUUUAUAGUGGGUGAAAGGGUCAUGAAGGGUAUUUUGUACUUGAGAGAGGAAUACCUAAUUUGACAUUUAUGGUGGCUAACAAUUUUUAGGUUGUUACAUAACUUUACAGACUUAUCUCAAGUUCCUCCAUGCUCUACCUUUGACCUUUUCGACUAUGAAGACAGGUUGUACACACUGUAUCACAUACUGUACAGAAACUCCAGAAGCAUGUGAAAAAAGUCACACUGAGAGAUGACCUCUCUUUUUGAAUCCUAUGUUUUACACCUUUGUUGUAAAAGGAUCUCAAAAGCUGUUGUAAACUGUGCAUAGUUUUAAAAAUUAUUUUAAUAAAAACGAUUAAAUCUG